CGGUUGUCUUUUCAAACACUGACGUAUUGAUUGAGCUCUGCAGUAAACCUUGACAACAGUGCAUUUUUUUAAAAUUAACUACAACUUCAUUGAACGUUCUUUACUGUUUUAUCUCUCACAGGCCCAAAUACUACAAAAAUUACGUUAUCCAAGGUAUUUCCGAGCCCGGGGACGGGACAAACAGUCUGGGGACUAGACUCGGGCACGGGUCAGUCGUGCAGCAUGGUUUCUGCGACAGUGGUCACAGAACACAAGGAUAGCAACAUACUCUCCUGCUCUGAAAGUACUGAUUUCAACAACGUCGGUCACAACAGCAAGUCUGUCUUCGAUCUGGUUAGGAAUGGGACUGUCUCGGAUAUUGAGUGUUUGGUGGAGAAGAUUGGAGCUGACUCGCUGAGCACUAGAGAUGAGUGGGGAUACACUCCCGCUCACUGGGCAGCUCUAGAUGGCAAUGUUGAGGUGAUGCGCUACUUGGUGGAGAGGGCAGCUCCAGUAGAUCUAUCUUGCCUGGGCACCCAAGGACCUCGUCCUAUCCACUGGGCUUGUCGAAAGGGACACACUGCUGUUGUACAGGUGUUGUUACAGGCAGGAGUGGCAGUGAACGCUGCAGACUUCAAGGGCCUCACUCCUCUGAUGACAGCCUGCAUGUUUGGACGAGCAGCUACUGCAACUUUCCUGCUGGGGAUGGGAGCCUUGAACCAUCUGACAGACAUCAACGGAGACACUGCACUUCACUGGGCUGCUUAUAAAGGUCAUCCAGAUUUGAUUCGUUUAUUGAUGAAUUCAGGCGUAGACCUUCAAAAAGCGGACAACUUCGGCUCUACCCCUCUUCAUCUUGCCUGUCUCUCAGGAAACGUAGCCUGUGUAAAACUGCUUUGUGAAAAGAGUAAAAUAGAACUAGAACCCCGAGACAAGAAUGGGAAGACUCCUCUACUGUUAGCCAAGAGCCAUCGUCAUGACGAUAUCGUGCAGGUGUUAGAAAGUCAGAAGAAGAAGAGAGAUCGGUGGAUGCCUCCCAUUUCCGAAACUUGGGCUCUGUUGUUUGGUGGUGCUGGAAAUUCCAAAGGUCCCCUUCUUCUGUUUAUGUGCUCAGUGCUGCUGUGGGGAUAUCCUAUGUAUCUCUUCAGGUGUGUACCGAUAACAUGGAACAACCUACGAGGUUCACACUACUGCUUCAUCUAUUGGAACCUGCUUAUGUGGUUGAGUUGGGGCAUUGCCAACCGUCGUGACCCAGGUUACAUACAGCUCAAUUCCGAUAACUACUACAGAGCCAUCAAACACAUUCCUUACUACGACAAGUGGAAGCGUCGAGACGUGGUGCUGUCACGCCUCUGUCACUCCUGCCGCUGUCUGCGACCACUCAGAGCCAAACACUGUCGCAUCUGCAAUCGCUGUGUCGCCUACUUCGACCACCACUGCCCUUUCAUCUACAACUGUGUUGGAGUCAGGAACAGGAUGUGGUUUUUCCUGUUUGUGAUGAGUGUUGCCAUCAAUUGUACAUUCACUAUCUACUUUGCGUGCUACUGCAUCGCUAUAGAGGGGUUCGGUCUACUCUACCUGCUUGGGUUGCUGGAGGCAGUAGUCUUCUGCUGCUUCGGCUGGAUCCUCACCUGCACUUCGGUAUUGCAUGCGUGUAUGAACCUAACAACCAACGAGAUGUUCAACUACAAACGAUAUCCCUACCUACGUGACAAGAGAGGGAAAUAUCUUAACCCCUUCUCUAGAGGCCCUCUUCUCAACCUCCUUGAGUUUUUCGUGUGCACUCCAAGCGCUAGUGAAGAGCACCAUCUUCUCAUCGAUGACAACGCCUAACACUAUCUAUCUGGACAAGCGAACUUCUGACGUUCUCCUAGUCUUGUCUUAUUAUUUUUUUAUAAUAAGUAAUAAUUACUGACUCCAAACUAUUCUGCCUUUAUUCAGUCUACAUUUUUUCCAGAGUUGUAUCUCUAUAGUUGUAUCACUUUAACAUGAUUUUAUUUGAUACCAAUUUUACAAUGCAUAAUAUACCUAAUUUCAGUAGCUGACACUACAACUCUUUCAAAAAUCAAUGAAAAUUAUUGCUUUGUAAAAGUGGUAUUCAAAUAUAAUGAGUAUUUUUA